CACGACCCUGUUCCAAACGCCACAAAGAUCGCGGAUCGUGCACAGCACUGCCACUAGGUUGUUCCCAUCACUCGCCAUGGCAUCCCUCGUCUCCAGAUCCAGAGUGAAGUCGACUGCACUUGCUCGUGUGUUGCCCGCAAGGAUCAAUCCAGUAUGCAGAGUCCGUGCAUUUCGCUCCAGUAGGGCAGUGGCAACCAUGAACCCGAGCCUUAUGUCUGGACAGGAGAACGAGACCACCACAAACCAGGAGUCCAUCUUUCGCUACUGCGAGCUGCACUCCACCUCUUUACCCGAUAAACACGCAACGCUUCAUGCCAAUUCUGUCACUCUCUACGCUGGGGCAGCUGACAAGGCUGUUUCAGCGCUUCAAGGUCAAUUACUGCAGAUGUUGAUGCGUAUAACAAGGCCAUAUAUGGUUCUCGAGCUUGGAUGCUUUAUGGGAUAUAGUGCCAUGGCCAUGGCGGAUGGGAUGCCCAGGAAUUCGAAGCUGUAUACAUGCGAGAAAGACGCUAAAGCGGCCCAACUUGCGCGCGAAUUGUUUAUGCGGCAUGGUUACGAUCACUUCUCUCCAGAGCACACGAGACAGCCUGUAGAGAUCGAACUCCUGGAAGGCGAUGCAAUGUCCAGUCUCAAGGUCCUAUCCAGGAACAAGAUCAAGUUUGAUGUUGUGUUUCUUGAUGCCGACAAGGGAAGCUAUGUCAAAUAUCUGAACUUUAUACUAGAUCAUAAUCUUUUGGCACCCGAUGGCUAUAUCCUUGCCGACAAUGUACUCUUUCGAGGUCUGGUGCUACAGUCCAAUGAUUCACAGGCCGGGGCAUCUUCACUGCCUCCAACGCCUCCGCCAUCGCCACCAUUGCCGCCACAGUCAACCAAUUCUCAGUCGGGGAACAGAAAGGAGAGCUCAAAGUUCCAGCGGACAGCCAACCAGAUGGACAGCUUCAACAAGUAUGUCAAGAAUGACCCACGCGUCUCUGUCGUUGUCCUUCCUGUCUUUGAUGGCCUGAGUGUUAUUAUGAGAAAGAACAUACCAUGACAACAAACGCGGUUUAUUGUAUUCGAAUAAAGUAUGGCAUUUCAACCACAA